UUCUCCUCCAUCUCUGGGGUGAACGUGCCUAUAAAGCUGGAAGCUGACACCUGGAUAUCAGUACUGGAGCAGGGACUUCUCUUUCUUUUCAUCGUGGGACGCUGGAUGCUUCCGAGGGGCAAGGUGACGCGUGACCAAUUGUCUCAGCUCCUGUUUGUAUACCUAGGUAUCGCGUCUGACAUUAUGGAGCUCUUCGUCCUCUUUGAAGAACCGGAAAUCCGUGAGGACCGACUCCUCACUUUCAUUACAUUAAGCGUAUGGUCAGUGAGUUUAAUACAAUUCACAAUAACACUUACCGCCACCAAGAACGCCCGCAAAGGGCGUGGCGUGGCGAUCACGCCAGAGGAUGCUCCCGUUAAAGACAAUAGAAGUAUGUGCUCACGUGUCUUCCAGUCCGAGAUUUGGAGUUUGAUGGUGUCGAUCUCCAUUAUGGAUCUACCCUUCGUAACGGUCCGACUAUACGCCCUAAUCCGUUACAGGAUUCUCACGUACGGUAUCCUCUUCUUCACAUUUAAGAACUUGCUGAUGAUAUUCCUGCUCUUCUAUCGAAUGAUUAUCGUCUGCUACAAUAUGAGUCACAACGAUCAGGACGAUGACGUCACGGACGACGGUACCUACAUAUUGAGGAGCUCCACGGUGGACGUAUACCCUGGGCCCCGCGGGGACAAAGCUACUGUGAUCCAAGAGACCAAUUCAUUGUCAACCAGACAACAAUUCCCCAAAAAACACGAGAGUAAUGCACAUAAUUCUACAAACGACACAACAAACGAUCUAGACCUUGAGACGUUCGAUUGAACGGAAGUGACGACACUCGGUCACGUGACCAUACAGUAAACGUUAACAUGGAAGUACGCGUAGCUUUAAUUGUAUUAUGUAAUCAAAACGUUCACUAGCCGGCAGGUCUACCUGAGUUUUGUUUAGAGUUAUAGGUGACAAUGAGGGUGUGAGACUUAGAGACUGGGAUCAGUCUAACAGUAGAGUACAUUUUCACAUUUUGCUCCAGUUAUUGCAUCGCUAUUCUCUUGACUUCUUCCAUGUGCCUGCGUACCAAACAUUUAUACCCCAAUUUUUAGUAUAUCACAGGUUAUUGUAACUUAAAUGUUUCAUGAUAAACCCGUAAACAUUUAGACCGCGAUAAUAUCCAACAGUAAUUACUUACUUUGGGGUAGGUGGAAUGAGUUUGGCAUUAGUUGUACCCCCGGUAUGUCUUUAACAGAAAUUAAAUCCAUAUAUCAUAUUCACAUUUGCACCCCCACCUCCGGCGAUUCCUUUCCACAUGCCGAUACAUUUGGCAUCCCCCAUACAGAUCUU